AUGCCGACUUCGCAAUACCUUCAAGAUCUCAAUAGAGAUGGCUUUGUUGUCAUCAAGUCAAUCGUGGAACAAGAUAAGCUCCAAGAGUUGCGCGAAGUUAGCUCUAAAGCGACUCAGCUGGCGCGUGACGGACAAUGGCCGUUUGUACGUACGGUCCCAAAACAAUUCCCACCAUGGGACGCGAGCCAAGCGCGCGAGCACGGGAUAUGGGGUGUGCAACAUCUCAUGAAUCCUGAACUUCCAGGCCAUGACCUCUUUACCGAGCUAUACUUUUCCGAGACCAUACUGGGCAUCGUGAAGCAGCUUCUGCAGUGCCAAGAUGAACAUCUCGUGAUGGAGCUGUUCAACAUGCUUGUCAGGCCAGAAAAAGACUUCGAGUUAAGAUGGCACCGCGAUGAUAUCCCCGCUGAGGCUAGUGAAGAGGAAGAAAUGGAGCGUCUUGGCAAGCAUGCCUAUCAUGCUCAGUAUAACUUUGCCUUGUGGGAGGAUGAUUCUCUCAUCGUUGUGCCUGGUUCACACAAGCGCGCGAGAACCUUGACUGAGCGAAACGCCGACCCCUUUGAAAAGUCUCUGCCGGAUCAGCUUAUUGUUAAACUAGAACCAGGUGAUAUUGUGUUCUACAACAACAAUAUUCUGCAUCGCGGCGCCUACAAGAGCAACAAGGAGCGAAUGACGCUACAUGGCUCAGUCGGCCAUGUACAGGGAAGCACUCUUCGAGCAAGGAACGUAUUACAGCACGGAGUUGGUGGCUGGGUCGAUAGGUGUGCUUUUGAGCGGCUCCUGGAAAACGAUAGGCGACGAGCUGAAGACAUGAGACAGCGUCUGAUUCAACUAGGCAGCGAGAGCGGUCAAGUCGGCUACUCACUCCAAGGCUGA